UCUUUUGCUGCUGCUUCAACAACCCCCAUCCCCCACCACCACCCCCCCUGAACGCACAUACUCUCUCUCUUUCUCUCUCAACCACACAUAAUGAAACGGCCUCUUUCUCUCUCUCUUUUCCUUCUUUUCUCCUUCUUUUUUCACUACUUUACACUACUUUUCUUUCUCUUUAUAAUAUCACCACAUGUCUAAUAUCAAAGAACAGGUUGAAACAUUCAGCUCACGCGCUGAAGAUAUCGUCGACAAGAUUGGCCAACCGUUGAAACCAUACAUUCCGGCCAUUGGCCGUUUCUUGAUCGUUGCCACCUUUUUGGAAGAUGCCUUGCGAAUUAUUACUCAGUGGGCCGAUCAAAUCUCGUUCAUGCAAGACUACCGUCACUUCCCAAAAGGACUCAGUCACCUUUUCUUAGGAUUAAAUGUCGCGGUCAUGCUGGCAGGCUCAGGAAUGGUGAUUGGAAAACGGUACCAGGACUAUGCAGUCUAUGGAUUGUUGGGUGUCGUGGUGGCGCAAGCGCUGGGUUACGGAUUGAUCUUUGACCUCUCCUUUUUCUUGCGUAACCUAUCUGUCAUCGGUGGCCUUAUCAUGGUCUUGUCCGACUCGGUGGCCAAACAGCGACGCAUGUUUGCUGCCCUGCCACAGCUUUCUGAGAGCAACCGUCGCACAUAUUUGCAACUGGCUGGACGUCUCCUGCUGAUCUUUUUAUUUAUUGGAUCCGCAUUCCAUGGCGAGUGGUCCCUUCCCCGCAUCGCCACCUCGCUGUUUGGACUGACUGCGUGUGUCAUGGUCGCUGUGGGAUUCAAGGCCAAGUGGUCGGCCAUGUUCUUGGUCCUGUUCUUGUCCGUCAUGAACGUCCUGAUCAACAACUUUUGGUCAGUCUCGCACAAUCAUUUCAAGCGCGACUUUCUCAAGUACGAUUUCUUCCAGACAUUAUCGAUUGUGGGUGGAUUCUUGUUGCUUGUCAGUAUGGGUCCGGGUGGUUAUUCGAUCGACGAAAAGAAAAAGGAGUUUUAGAUGAUCAUCCGUUUGCUUUAUUGAUUUCUUUCCCCCUCCUUCACCUUAUCCCGCAUCCCAUUGUUGUUGUUGUUUUAUAAUAGCUUUCAUUAAAUACACUAC